AUGACCAGAAGAAGAACUAAAUCAAUUCAUAAGCCAGAGGUAAUUCAGGAAUCUCAUUAUGAAGAGUUGGAACAUGCAGAAACAAAGUCAGAUGUCAGUGAUAGCUUAGAGAUGCAAAUUGCUAGAAAGGAGAGCACAACUGUUCAUCCAGCACAAUCAGUUGCUGAACUACAAGCUGAUGGGGAUGUGUCAGAAACAGAAUCAAACUGCUCUGCUGUGUCUGGUGUUCAGACACCUUUGUUUGUGAGAGUGACAAGAAGACGACAAAUUGUAGUUCCUUAUCAACCAGAUUGUCCUGACAAAAAAAGACAGGAUAAGACAGCUUUUGCAAAGAAGUUAAGCAGGAUUCUGGAUGAAGAGGAUGUCUCUGAAGCUGAGUCUUGUUCCUCUGCUGUUUCGGGUGUCCAGAUGCCUAGUGUUACCAGAACAACAAGAAGCAGACAAAGCAAAAAGAAAUUGAAGCCAGAUGCAGCUCGUGAAGUCCAGAGUGAAGAUAUUUCUGAUGCAGAGUCAUGCUGCUUGAGUUCUGGUAUGGAGCUGUGCAUCACUCCCAAACGAGUUACUAGGAGCAUGCAAAUGAAAUCACAAGCAGAAAAUAUUAAGCAGACUGAGAAAGGAAGGAGAUUUGUUUUAGAAGGUGACAAUUUAAUUGAGGACACCGUUAAAUCUCAGCCAGUAAUAAUUUCUGAUUCUAGACCUGCUGCAGAACUUGUCCCUGACACAGAAGAUGCUUCCUCUGUCACUGAGGAUAACAGAGAACCCAGUUCACCUAAAAGCAAAUAUUCUUCCGAAUCUGCCAAUGCAACCCGGAGCAAAGACGUGAAAGAAGAGGUUUUGAAUGACGUGACACCCGUCAGCCUUACAAAAAUGAAACAAAGUGACGCUGAAUCGCCUGGAAAAAAAGCAAUACAAAAUACACAGUCUGUUGGGGUAGAUGGUUCAGAGGAAGCACGUGGCCAAACUUCUUCGACUGACUGCGUGAGUCCCAAACAAUGUUUAGAAUCCCAAGGGCAAAUAUCACCAAAGGAAAGUAAAAGAACUCCAGAAUGCCAGAGAGCAGAUGCUGAGACAGAUGCACAGCAGUCUUUCACCCGUGCUGAUGCAUUAAGAAAGGGUGAGCAAGCGAGUGCAGCGAGCAGCCCGCAGAAAGACGUAGCUGUUGCACAAGGAACUGAUAGCGUUGGUAGGUGCAGGGUGCUUGAAAUCACUGUGGGCAGUGGUGAAGACCAGGCAGGAGAAUAUGCUGAAUCUGUAUCCCACAGCAGUGAAAGAUCAAGCACUGGAAACAAUUCCCUUUCAUUGUUUCUGAGCCAAGACGAAGGGGAUGAAUCUGAAAACGGUGAUGUGGCAGACAUAGAUAUAGCUGAAGAGAGUCUGCGCUAUAAAGAGGCGGAUGAGAAGACCCCUUCCCUCAACAAAUCGUUAAAAAACAGUUCACUGCAUGCUGAAGGGCUUUUUGUGAUUGAUACUGAGCCUGGCAUGAGUUCCAGCCAAAAGUAUUAUCUAGAUCAGGUAGAUCAAGAUCAAGAUAGUGAUGCUGAAAGUAAGCAUGAAGGAAGUGAAAAAGGUGAAGAAUCCUCUGAUCUGGAAGAGGCUGGAGAGGAAUUGAUAGAUGAAGAUGAGAAAGGUGAAGAUGAUGAUUUGUUGAAAACUAAGAUUGACGUGUAA